AUGUAUUUUUUGCCUCCACCCGCCUCUGCUGCCGUCUAUGUCUCCAUCUUGCUUGGCUGCACCCGGCCCUGCUCGGCUGUUGAGGUCUCCACAGCCAAGCGCCCAGUGCGUGGCAACGGGCGAGCCUUGAUCCCUCUCACUCCCCAAGAAGAGGUUGAGUGCCCCAGCGCCUCUGUGGAAACUUUUCUCAACAGCACCGUGACCACUCAUGUCCUCCCUGCUCUCUACUCCGUGGUGCUGCUUGUGGGGCUGCCAGCCAAUGCUCUUGCCUUCUGGGUUCUGGUGACCAAGUUCAGAAGUUCCAGCACCUUCUUCCUUCUUAACCUGGCCAGUGCUGACCUGCUUUUUGCCCUCCUGCUGCCCUUCAAGAUCUCCUACUACCUUUUGGGCAACCAGUGGCUCUUUGGGGACUACCUGUGCCGCACCAUGGUAGCUCUCUUCUAUGGGAAUAUGUAUAGCUCCAUCCUAUUCCUCACGUGCAUUGGCCUGGAGCGUUGCAUCUCUGUGGUGCACCCAUUCCUGUGGAAGGGAUCCAGGUGGAAGUGGGGCAGAGUGGGUGUCUCUGUGGGGAUUUGGCUGGCAGUGGGGCUGGGCACGAGCCCUAUGCUCUUAAUUCCCCAGACAAAGCACAUCUCAAGGCUGAAUAUCACCACGUGCCAUGAUGUCUUAGAGAAGCACGACCAGAAGUUCUUCUUCUAUUAUUUCUUCUCCCUGGUAGCACUGGGCUUUGGCCUGCCCUUCGUGCUCAUGACCCUCUCCUAUGGCUGCAUCCUGGUGCGGCUUGCGGCCAAGGGGAAGCAAUAUGGGCAUGCGAUACGUGUCCUGGGCCUGGUCCUCCUCGUCUUCAUCCUCUGCUUCACCCCCAGCAAUGUGCUGCAAUUCCACCACUACGUGCUGAGUGCCACGGGAUGCCUCAAUGUCACCUACGUCUGGUACGCCGUGGCGCUGGCGCUCAGCGCUUUCAACACCUGCUUUGAUCCCUUCAUCUACUACUAUGUCUCCAGGGAUUUCCGGGCCUGCUUCUGGGAUGGAGGCGCCUGCUGCCCCAGGCACAGCCCCCUGCCUGGAUACACAUCCUAA